CAAGAAAAACCUGAGUACCAUAUCCGCAAGAUGGUAAUGUGUUCAGGAUUCCCAAUAUUAAAAGUUAUAGUUCUUUGCCUGUAUUACUUUCAAACAACUCAAUGCAUGAAUGGUGCUCCCAAAGGGAAGGGUGAGGCGCUACUGGUAACAGAUGAGGCGGGAAAGCCAUUAGGAGUAGCAACUCCAAUGGUCCAUGGAGACAAAUCUUAUGUGGGUUCCUCAAAAAAUGUGGAGCAGCAUUUACCUUCAGGAGACAUGGAGAAAUACUUCUACUCUGUGAAACAGUUGAGAAAGCCGACUCCUGGAUUAUACAAAGAACACUUGGACAAUGUAAUGGUAAACACCCAGAGUGAAAAACCAGGUUCCUCAGAUGCAGCUCCAUCCAACCCUUACUGGGCAACCAUGUGGGCAAAAGAUAUAUGGGAGGAAUUUAAGCAGCUGAACCAAGAUCAUGAUAACCUCAUCAAUGCCAUUGAACAUAGGAAAGUAUUGAAAGAAAAAAAGACUGGCAGUCGUGAAUAUGAUUAUAAAGUGAAAAGGCAACAGACUCAAAAACUAAUCCUGACUAAGCAGGCCAAAGAUUUGAAAUUUGUUCUCAACAGUCUAAACGAUUAUAUAGAAGUUUCAUUGAGAGGAUGGGCAUGGCAGAACAAUGUGAACCCAGCAUUUUUUAGCAGGGAAUUUGCUUCAGUGAAGAAGUCAUAA